AGAAUCUCGGCUAGCUCACGAUAACAGCUGUAAACGUAUGAUUAGCUAGCUAACAUCGCUAGCACACGUUAUGUAAACGAUGAAGUAAAAUACCAUUGACUGUUCUUUGCACGGUUUUUUUUCUCACUGUGCUUGACAAAGCGUGUUUCAUCUUUUAUAGCUGUCAAGCUAAAUCAAGCUUUGUAACACUUAAACGGCGUAUCGGUCUUAAGUUUUGGUUGGGUUUUUUUCAAAUCAGCAACUGAGCUAGCAUCCUCUGCUCUCAAAAUGAUGGAUUUUGAUAAUGUAUUGAAUAUCGCCUCACAAAACCAGGGCCACAGCAAUGUACAGCAGAAGAGAUACAGUUUACAAGCUGGACCUCCCAAAAAGGACCCAAAGUCUAAAGGUGUAAACCCCGCUGCUGUGCAGGCGCUUCUGAAAAAGCAGUACAGUGAAACCAGAAAAAAAGAAAUAGAAAUGAAGAAACAGAAGGACGAGCUAUUAGCAAAGAGGGUUGAAUUGAAGUCUGAUCGCAAAGCAAGAGCCAUGGCUUCCAGAACCAAGGACAAUUUCAAAGGCUACAAUGGCAUCCCUGUGUUGGAAAUUCCUAAAAAGAGAGGUUCAAAACUUGAUAAGCAGCUGGAUGAAUCAGAUUCUGAAAGAUUUAGAAAUGACCUAAUCAACCCACUAGAUGAUGAAGAUAAUUAUGAAUAUGAACAGACGGAUUCAGAACCAGAGCAAGAACCAGAGAUGCAAAGACCAGGGAGAACCAUAGCUGCUAAAGUGACUAGCAGCAGCAGCAAAUCUUUUUCUAAAAAACCCUGUGGUCAGCCCAGACCUGCUUCUUCUACCUUGAACUUUGCAGACUUACUCAAAUUGGCUGAGAAGAAGCAAUUUGAGCCGGUUGAACUAAAACCGAAGGUAGUAAAAAAGGAAGAGAGACUCCGCACAGCUGAUGAGAUUCGGGAACUGGAGAUGGAGCGCAAGGCUAAGGGACUCGACAAAAACAGGGACUCAAAAGCAGAGCCCCCCAAAAAUAGCAAGUCUCAGCCUAAUUUGGUACGAAAAAGCACUCAACAGAAGGAACAGAAAUUCAGCAAACCACAAACCCAAAAGACCUCUGUUGAGAAGCCAGCUUUCCCCAGUGACCAAGGCAAGAAGCCACACCUGCCACUAUCAAAUGACAGAGGCCUUUCUUCGUCUAAAUCCUCUAUUAGUGAUCGAGAAAGAAGUCGAGACAGGGUUUAUCACAGUGAUAGGGAAAGACCUAAGGCUAGCAUGUCUGGUACAUCAGGUGCUAUAAAAAGUAAAAUUCCAUCAAAAGUCCAAUCAUCUCAGGUCUCAGCCAAACAAGGAGGCCCCAGACCCUCAUCUGCCACCCAAAAAGUCAGCACCUCAAGUGACCUUAGCUUCAGAAGAGACAAUUUGUCAUCCCAUCAAAAAGGAGCUUCAGGUAUUUCAGGGAAUAGGCCCUCUAGUUCAUCUGGACCAGGCCAGAAGCCUCAACAGGGGAGCUCACACCAGACCAGACCCAUUCAAGGAAGCUGCUCAAAGCAGGGACCUACAGUUGGAGGCAUCAAAUCUGGUAAGGGAGAGCCAGUAAGGCCUGGCUAUAAUUCCACGGUCAAAUCGAAUAGCAGUUCAGGAAUGAGACCGUCUUUGGGUGGUCCUCCUAAGGCAGGAAGCCAACCUCAGGGAAGGCUUGGAGGCACCAUCCAGACCAAACCUGGUAAUGCACCACAGGUCAGGCCUAGUGGAAGUGGCCCACGUGGUCACCCAGGAAGUGGCGGGUUUCAACUUCCAGGAGCUGGGACGGGGAGACCUGGCAGUGGAGGACUGGCACCAGGGCGCCCAACUGGAAGUUUUGGAUCCGGACCUGGAAGACCAAAGUGCACCGUUGUGUCAGAAACCAUCUCAUCCAAAAAUGUUGGAGGAGCCAGGCCAGGAGUCCCACCUCGGCCAGGCAUGCAACAGAGACCUGGGGUGGUGCCUAGACCAGGCAUGCCACCCAGACCGAUGAUGAACAGACCACCAGGACCAAUGUUACCACCCAUCACAUCUGCCUAUAAGAGGAAAUAUGAGGACGAGGAGGAAGAAUAUGACCCAGAAAUGGAUGAUUUUAUUGACGAUGGAGGUGAAGAGCAAGAGGAAAUUUCCAGGCACAUUCGGGAGAUUUUUGGCUACGAUCGAUCGAAAUACAAAGAGGAGAGUGACUAUGCACUUAAAUUUAUGGAGAGCAGCUGGAAAGAUAUGCAGAGCGAAGAAGCGAGGAGCUUGAGAAUGGCCGUUCAGGAAGAUCUGGAGGAGGAGAGACGAGAAGAAGAAGAGCUGAAAAGACAGAAGGCCAAGAGGAAAAAACCCAACUGAAGCUCCACUGCUGUUCUGACAAAGUUCCUUAGUGUUGUGUGAAUGAUGGGACAGUGGUUCUGCAAUCUUAAUAGUGAAAGCCCAGAAUCCACAUCAGCACAUGUUGGUUUUUUUUUACUACCUGCUGUCCAGAUUAAGGAGACGUUCUAGUAAAAGACGACACAAAAAAGACUUUGUACAAGUCAUUCAGGCAUUA